UUUUAAUAAAAUCCUGUGUGUAUAAUUAUAUUAAUCAUGGAUGUCAUAGGACCAAUCGGAAGCCUCAUUACCGCGGGAAUGGAGCUCAUGAACCGGUACGAACACUGAAAGCGGAAUAAAUAAGCUAUUUGAGACCUAUAUUCAAAUCAUAAAGCUCUGGGAGAAGGAACUUGGCAAGGAGAACCUCAAACAAAUUAUUGAAGAGACUGAUGAAGUCCAGUGAAUUGUAGAUCAAUGUACAACUAUGAUCAAGCAACUUAAGAGAAAGUUCAUUAGCUUUAAGAAGAAAAAUAUGUUUUCGAAGUUCUUUAAGGCCAAGAAGAUAAAUGAUGAUAUUGAUGCGUUUACAAAUGGAAUGCAGAAUCUUAUGGAUAUCUUGAGCUUCAAGAUCAAUGUUAAGAAUUCUGAGAAGCUUAAUGAGGUCAAUGACAGAUUGGAGCUCAUUUCACAGCAGCUAGGAAGUCUUAAGAUAGAGUCUAGCGAUACAAGAAUGCAACUCCUAGCUCAGACAGAUGGGAUACAACAAGUUAUGCAGGAUUUUGCUAUUAAAGUCCAAAGCAGCACUGAAGCAUACAGGAGUUUGGAGUACCAUUGCAGGUAUCCAGGUCGUGGAAUUCGGCUUAAAGAUGCUGAGUUAGAUUUUCAAGGUGAAAUAGAAGAGGAAAAGAAGACAGGCUGUUCAGAUUCUGAGAAAGAGGUCAGACUUAGCGAUUCUGGUGAUAGCUCCGACUCUCUUGAUAGCAUAUUUACAAUAGAAACUUUCAAAUUUAUGACUAUCAGAGUUGUCUAUUCUGACGAUGGAAACUUUGAAGAAGAUGAAUAUUUCAAAUUUGAGGGAAGACAAUGAUUACAUUCUGAUAAAACAAAUUCAAAGAAAGAGCUUAAUCGGAAAUGGGAUGACGAAUACACAGCUGUUAAAUUUGGCAGAUUUAGGUACUCACAAACUGAGGAGAACAAAAUUUUGAAUGAUAUCUCAUUUGAUAGUGAGGUUGAAGAUCAAGAUACUGGUGAGAUCUCAGUUGGUGACAAGAAUGUCUCAAAAGAACAUGCAACUAUCUUGUUUGAUAAAGGAAGGUAUAUUAUUGCAGAUCUCGGCUCUGUCAAUAGCACAUUCAUUAAGGUGAAUAAACUAGUUUUAAGAGAAGGCAUUGUUUUCGAUUUAGGUAAAGAUAAUCUCUUUGUAGUUCACUGAGUUCUCAACCCACAAUGACCAGAAACAUUACAUAACUAUGAAUCAGACACUUUAGAUCCCUAUAAUCACUUUGUUGAUGGAAGAUUAUAAUCUUUGAAGAGUUCCGAAACCUCAACGCUCAAAAUUACUUCGGGCAGAGCCAAAAUAGUUCAUCCAAAUCCGGCUUCGGGGAUCUUUUCGGGUCUCUGGCUAGAAUAGAAUUAAGAAGUUUGAAAAAUAGUUCUGAAAUAAUUACGAUUAUGCAGGAAGAGAUUGCUAAGAAAGGGAGUAUUGUUAUUGGCAGAGGAGCUGAUGCUGAUAUUAUAGUGCAAGGAGAUGCUGAGAUUUCGAGAAGGCAUUGAAGCAUUAGUCUUAGUGAGCAUGGAGACUGGGUUUUGGACUCAGAAGGGCAUGAUGUCUUUUGGUCGUUGAGAUUGGAGUCGGAAUGGCCAGAGAUGAGGUUUGAUUUUGAAGAAGUUUUUGGGGGUAUGAGUUAUGAAGAGUUUAAGAAGUAUCCCAGGCCAGCAUCUAUUCCUGUGGUGCUGAGGAAUUUGAUGCAAGUUCGUAUCUCAGAUACUUUGUUUGAACUUGAAUUCCAUUAG